GCAACGAAAAGAACCGAAAAUUCGAUAAUACUUAUAUCACGUCAAGAGAUGACACCGUUCAGCAUUGAAAAAGAAGAGCAGUAGUGUCGCGACGAUGUCUCUGUUCCCGGCUUACAGUCAGGAGGCCGCCGCCUCGAGCCCGUGCGAGGCCGAUGCCGGCGCUGCGAUGUGCUGGACGGACUCUAGUCCGCCCGAGGUCGACGCCGCGAUGGUGCCCUGCGGCGAGGCCGAGCGCGAGCUGCUAGAGUCUAGCGACAGCGAGCCGGAGACGGCGCCCGCGCCCGCGCCGCGCGCCGACCCUGAACCGGACUACUACGUGGAUCGGCGCUUCGACGGCGGCAACCUGCGCGUCUCCACCAUCUACUACCCCGGCCGUCCGCAAUACGACAGCCCAGAGUUCCACCUGGCACUCGGGCUGAAGCGCGUGGCGGGGCACAGGAAGCGUACGCGUCGCUACUGGGAGGCGAAGAUCGAGGGCGGGGCCGGGGGCGGGGAGGGCGCGCGGGCGGAGGGGGAGGGCGAGCGGGGCGCCGCGCUGCGCCGGGCGCUCGUCGACAACCCGAGGGACGUGGAGCUGUGGCUGCAGUACAUCGACUAUCAGGAGUGGGUGCACGGCGCGGAGGCGGCGCGUGCGGCGAGCGAGGCGGCGGCGGCGCGCGCGCCCGAUUCCGCCGCGCUGCGGGCGCGCCGCCUCGCGCUGCUGCAGCGGACCGAGGCCGCGCAGGACUACGUCACUAGGCUGCGCGACGAGAUCACGCAAGAGAAAGAUCAGUUCGUAUCGGCGGAGCUGUGGUGUCGCCUGAUAUCGGCGUUGGCGUGCGAGCCGGCGGCCGGCGUGUCGGGCGCGGGCGCCGCCGCCGCCGCCGCCGCGCGCGCCUGUCGCCGCCUGCCCGCCGCCUACCCCAACAUACUGUACACGUACGGCUCGGUGGUGCGCGCGGCCGGGCUGUGGGAGACGCUGGUGCUGCUGCUGGAGCUGGUGCUGGCCGCCGCGCCCGUGGCCACCCCCGCGCCGCCCGCAGCCUUCCCGCCGCCGCGCGACCCGCGCCGGGAGCAGGCGGCCGAGCGGCGCCUGCAGGACUACGAGGACAAGGUGGUGAACAGCGGGCUGCCGUCCGGCGCGGUGUGGUCGCGCGUGGAGCGCGCGCGCGGCGCGGCGCACUGGCGGCCGGCGCGCGCCGCCGACGCCGACGCCGACGCCGACCCGCAGCGCGCGCCGGCGCUAGCCGACGUCGCCGACCUCGUGCUGCCGUGCGCGGACCCCGCUGCACUGUUCUUGUUACUGGUUAAUGCGUUACGUCUAGCGAAGGUUCCCCUGCUCCCCGGCGCGCAGUACGUGCACUCGGCGGCCGGCGCGGGCGCCGACGAGUGGGACUGCGGGGAGGCGCUGCUGGCGCUGGUCGCCGCCGCCCGCCGCAUGCCGCGCACGCACGCCGCGCACACCGCGCCCGGCGCCGCACAGGACCUGCUGCGGCUCGCCGUCGACCCGCCGCACUACUUCAGCGACGACUACGGGUACCGCGGCUGGGUGGAGGCGCUGUGGGAGGCGGCGCUGGCGGCGGCGGGCGCGGACGGCGCGCUGGCGCUGCUCUGCUGGCGCCUGCGCUGGCUGCACGCGCAGCUGCUGCUGCUGCCCGAGUCCGGGGCGAGUGCGGGCGAGGCGCGGCGCAUCCGCGACGCGGCGCAGGCGAGCCUCAAGCGCUGGGGGGGCGCGCACGCGCUGGCGUUCGCGCUGUUCGCGCGCCUCGCGCACGCCGCCGCGCCGCGCGGGGGCGGGGGGCGGCCCGACGCCGGCCGCCGCGCCGCGCUGGUCGCGCUGCGCGCCGCGCUGCAGGACGCCGGCGCGCCCCACGCGCACCUGCUGUACAUCGCCAGAAUCGUGGACGAGGUGCACGGCGGCUUGUGCGGCGCGCUGUCGGCGGCGGGCGCGCGCGCGCUGGCGAGCGCCGUGCUGCGCCGCGCGCCGCCCGCCGACUGCGCGCCCGCCGCGCCGCCGCCGCCGGACCUGCUGCGGGAAGCCAGGGAUGAGUGCGAACGGCGCUGCGCCUCGAUCGAGGAGGAGUUGGCGACCGAGCCGGAGUCGGAGGCGGCGGCGCUCGGGUGCGGCGCGCGGCUGCUGCGCGCGCUGCUGCCCGCCGCCGCCGAGUGGGGCGCCGCUAGAGCGCUGCUGGCCGACCCGGCGCGCCGCCACCGGCUGCUGCAGCGGCUGUUGGCGUCGCCCACCGGCUCGGGCGCGGCGGCGCGCUGGCGCGAGCAGCAGGCGGCGGCGCUGGCGCUGCGCACGCGCCACGGCACCGCGGCGGCCAGGGAGCUGUCGCGCCGCUACCCCAACAACGCCGUGCUGGCCCUAGGGUCGAGCGGCUGCGCGCCGUGGUCGCACGCGGCGGCGGGUGACUGCAGCCCGGCGCCGGCGCGCGCGCUCGGCGGCGCGUGGCCGGCGCUGCUGCGGGUCGGCGCCGCCGCGCCGCCCGCCGCCGCCGCCGCCGCCGGCGCGCUGGCGCGGCGUCUGCGCAGGCGCGGCGCCGGCGCGGCCGCGCUGCCCGCCGCGCUGCGGCUCGAGGCGGAGGCGCGCGCGCCGGCGCCGCGCCUCGAGCGGGUCGCGCACGCCGCCAUGGACGCGCUGCCCGCCCACAAGAAUAAUCAGCAACAAAUAAAAAUGGAUAUGAUAGCUAGAAGUCACUCUAAAAAACGUUUUGGUGAAUUCUGGAAGCGAACAAAAAGCCUAAAUCCUAAGUCGAGCCUUCCUGCGAGCGUUUCUGGUCUGCAUGAUCCUGCGGACAUAGCUAAUGCUUUUAAAGAAAGUUUUAGAAUACAUUCGCCGCUCUCUGAGCGGUCGGCGGUGGGUGAUUCUGACGCCGUCAACACCACGAGACUCGCUGUUAAAUUUUCAACUAAGGAAGUUGCCACGGUCAUAAAUAAUAUGGCAUUCGAUCUAGUAGACUAUAAGGCGCUAUGGAACAAGUUGCAGCAUGAGACCACAUUACCGCCAGAGGUAGUCUUGAUGCUUCGCUACUGGUACGGCAAUCAAAGGAACAGACGGGCAUAUAGCGACUUGCGAGUCCAAUAUAACAACGCGUUUAGGGUUCUGUUGGGGUUGCCGCGGCACUGUAGUGCGUCGGGCAUGUUUGCGGAGGCGCGGACCGACGAUUUUGCUGCCAUAAUGCGCAAGCGGUGCGCCUCCCUGUUAGCCCGAGUUCGCUGCAGCACCAACGGGAUCCUGAGCGCGUUCGCGGACCGCUGGGACUCCGCGCUGAUGUGUCGAUGGACGCAGCUCCAUGUCUCGCGCUCCACGUAG